CAAUUAGUGGUUUCAGGUAAUACACUGGUACAGUAACAGCUCUGGGACAAAAAGCACUUUGAAAGAGAAAGUUUCAAACUGUUAGAGAUGACAAUGACAGUCCACCACAUCUUUGCAAUAACAUUCAUGUUGUUUCCACAUUCAUUCAGAGAAAAGCACAUGAAGACACCAAAGUCGAAAGAACGAUUUCACAACUCGGGAAAUGGGACCAUCCAUGAAUAAUGCAUUAGUCUUUAUUAUGGCUAAAGUUAGCAGCUGAUGUUACUGAUAUUUUACACUUUCGCUGAAUGUUAGUUUAUAUUAUGGCUAAAAUUAGCAGCUAAAGGCUAAUUUUACCUGGACCCAGAUAUUCGAAUAUUCGCUUGUAGGGUAUAUAAUCGAAUUUCAAUUUUGGGAUUUGAUUUUUUUAAAAUAUUUUUUUUACACUGACAUGCGCCGAACGUCUCGCUUCAGUUCACCUCAAAGAGAGGACAACAUGCCAAAGUCCUCAGCUGUGUGGGAGCACUUUAAAUUAAAUGAUGACAAGAUAAAGGCAGUGUGAAACUGGCCUACCAUGGUAGCACAACAAGCUUGAAAAAUCACCUCAAUUCUGUAAGUAGUAGGCUAUUAUUUUACAGUCCAAAAAACCGAGACCAUACUUGCUAGCAAGCUUAGCUAAGCUACUAUAAUUUGCUCAGAUGCCAUGAUAAAGCUGCUUUUAUCUACGGCGUGUAAACACCAAUGUAACGUUAAUGUUACACAUGAUAAAACAUGCAAUUACUUUGCUUGGAAAAUAGUUGUAACUGAUCUGAAUAGUUAAAAUAAAACAUAAGGUGUGAUUUGGGAACAUCUGGGGCUAUGGCAGUUAAUCUACUGACAUGUAAACGUAAUAGUCCAGUCUAAUAAUAAGUGGUCCAAUGUCCAUAUGUGCAUCCCCAGGUAUCGCAGCCAUCAACAUCCUCAACCACACCCCGAACUUCACGGCAGAUUCUACAAUUCCAAUAACCAAUAACAGAAAAAAGAGAGAGAAUUAACAGAUGCCAUAGUGGAGUUCAUCGCUAUGGAUAUGAGACCCAUUAAUGUAGUUGAAGGCAAAGGCUUCAGAAAAUUAAUUAAUACCAUGGAGCCAACAUACACUGUCCCAAAAUGCCCCAGUAUUUCACAGGCCCUGUCUCUUACGUACAGCGAUCUACGAGACCAAGUUUUUGCUCUUGUUGAAAACGCAACGGCCUUAAGUUUCACAAUCGACAUUUGGACCUCGGUGAGUAUAGAGGCGUACAUGACUGUCACCUGUCACUUUAUAACUACAGAGUGGGAACUUUCUGGUGUCGUUCUGGAAGUGAGCCAUAUGGGAGGCAACGUUGCACAACAGCUUGGAGUUGCGGCGGACGCCUUCGCUUUUUCAAAUAAUAAGCGAGUAGCUGUUGGUCACGACAAUGCCAGCAAUAUGAAACUGUGUACUGAGACACUCAAGAAAGAAUCGGGCAACGUUCAAGGAGUCUGCUGGCACAGGAAACGGCAGAAGUACUGGGGUCCCUAAUAACACUCUCAGAACUACUGUCACAGGAGGCAAAUGUGUCGUUGUCUGCAACAGUGCCAAUGCUCUUCAACCUGAAGAAACGCCACCUGUCACCAGAGGAGGAUGACAGCCCUGCCAUCGGAAAAUUGAAGAAAACCCUCAUCACAGAGAUCGACAGCAGAUGGUUGUCCGCCUGGCUGAACAUCUGCACCAGCAACAGACCGUUCGGGAGGUGGAAGAGCCAUCAGCAAGUAACGGGAUAAGAGGAGACUGCCACACCACCACCGCCAAAAAAAAAGAAACAGGAGAUUUCUAUGCUGAUGGAGUCAGAGUCCGAAGAGGAAGAAGAACACAGAGACAGUGCAAAGAAAGAGUGGAGCAAUAUUUGAAGGACAGUCUGCCCCAAUUGCAUGGGGGGGUGAGUGAAUGUUAGCCUUUAUUAUGACUAAAGUUAGCAGCUAAUGUUACUGAUAUUUUAUGUCAGCUAUGUAGCUUUCAUCAUGAUCAAAGUUAGCAGCUCAUGUUACUGAUAUUUUACAUGUUAGCUAAACACUAGUCUUUAUGACAACUAAGGUUAGCAGCUAAUAUUGCUGAUAUUUUACAUGUUAGCUGAAUGUUAGCCUUUAUUAUGACUAAAAGUAGCAACCAACACCUCAGGCUCCUGGUAUGCGACUACCUGGACCCUCUGCAGUUUGCACAGCACUGUGAGGAUCAUGUUCUUCGACUUCUCCAGUGCUCCAGGGCUGAGAAGCUCUCUGUGAUGCAGGUGGAUCAGGACCCGGUGGCCUGGAUCACUGACUACCUUACUGACUAGCCGCAGUUUGUCAGGAUGCAUGGCUGCCAGUCAGACAUGUUUAAGAAUGAAAUCCUUUCAUGCAGCGGACUGGUGAGGCUGACUGAUUUCAUUCUUCAGAAAAAAAGGAAGAAAGUGAAAAGAGGAAGGGGCAAAUUUCCUGAAUCUUGAAACUUUCCUUGGUGUGGUCAUACAGAUAUUUUCCUACUUAAUCAACCACCAAACCCACAACUUUUAAUAGCAGCAUCUAAAAAUAAUAAUAUAUUUAGUGUCUUCCCAAAAUCUAUUUUGGUUAGAAAAAAAAUUAUAACAUAAAUUUAGAAUUUAAUUUGCCAAAAUGCUAUCAGAACAAAAUGAAUCCACAAUAUUAAACUUCACAACCCCGACUCCUGGUAGAGGCGGCGGCUGCCCACCAGUUGGUAUACAACUGGAGGGUGUGAUCCUGCCCCCAGUUCUCACCAUUGACGUCAUACUGGGGCUGCUAGGAAACAUAGUUGCCCUGUGGAUCUUCUGCUUUAAACUGAAGGCCUGGAAUCCCAACAACUUAUUCCUCUUCAACCUGGUCAUUGCUGACUUCCUGGCUCUGGUGAGUCUGCCACUGAGGAUCGAUGCCUUGCUCAGGGGCCACUGGGUGUUUGGAGAUGGCAUGUGCCGGAUCAACCUCUUCCUAAUGUUUUCCAACCGCUCAGCCAGCAUCGCACUCAUGACUGUGGUGGCAAUUUACCGCUACUUCAAGGUAGUUCACCCUCACCACAGGUUCAACCGAAUGACCAGUAAGCAGGCUGUGUUUGUGUCACUGGUUGUCUGGCUAUUGGUGAUCAGUCCUCGGGUUCCCAUGCUGGCUUACAACCACAUCAAGUUCAGCGGCAACAACACCCAGUGCUUUUUCUUCACUUCUUACAAAGAGGCGUCGCGGGCCAUCAUCAUCCUGGUCAGCAUGCACCAGAUCCUGACGGUGCUUGAGUUCAUCAUCCCGAUGGCCAUGCUGCUGUUCUGCUCCAUCCGGAUCUCCAGCUUCCUGAAGCAGCGCACGAUGGGAAAAGCAGACAAGGUGCGAAAGGCGAUGCAAGUGUGUGUCGUCAUCGUCGUAGUGUUCAUGGUGUGCUUCCUACCCACCACAGUGACAACCAUCGGGGUGUGGGUCAUCCGCUCGUACCGUCCGUGGGACUGCUCAUCCUUCUAUACUUUCACCCAGCUCACCAUCGUGUCUUUGGGGCUGAACUUCCUAAAUUCGGCCAUGGACCCCAUCGUCUACGUCUUCUCCAGUUCCAUGUUCAGGAAGGCCCUUUGCAACUCGCUACCCCGUGCCCUUCGCUGCGGACAUGAUGCCGAUGAUGGCGAGAACACGACAUCCUCAUCUGGAAGUCAGUCGACCACCCAGCAGGAGCUCAAAUCCCUGAGGACAGAGAGAGGAAGUGAAGCCACAUAAUAAGCUCUUUCUUGAUUAUAAUGACCUGAUCCAGCAACGCUGUCUGAUCCUGUCCUAAUUAC